AUGAUUGCGUCAAAUAUGAUUCAGACACGGGAUGACGUUUUGAUUUCUCAUGUUUUGCCUAUUGCUGGAAAUAGUAAUCCGCUUGAGAGGGAAACACAAAUAUCCCCAUCGAUUGCAUCAAAUAUGUCUCAGACACGGGAUGAAGUUUUAAUUACCCAUGAUUUGCAAAAUGAUGGAGGAACACAAAUAUCACCAUUGAUUAUGCCAAACCUGACUCAGACACGUGAUGAAAUGUCCAGUAAUCGCAAUUCGCCUAUUGCUGGAAGUAGUAAUGCAUUUGAGAGAGGAUUGAACUUGAUGGGUCCUGUUGUAGAUGGAUCUGAAAGGUCCAAAUUGUCAUAUUUUUCUAGCAGAUGCGGUAAACAAGUUUUGGGAGAAGAGUUACAUUCUUUUUCAGAGAUCUCGUCGUCAACUUGUGCUACAAAUUAA